AAUAAAUAAAUUUGCACUACUUUUUUUAAUUUUUUAAGAAGUUUUUUUUGAAGAACCGUUAUAUUUUUCUGAUCUCAACACGCCCUCAAUUUUUUCAAAUUUUAUUGGGUUAAAAUUAGACUAUCUUUCUAUUGCAGCGGUUGUGUUAUUUUCCUCGAUCACAUAAAUACAAUUGCUCGAAUUCGGAUCGAAAUCAAGAUCCGUUCUUUAAUACCCCAAGAAACCCUAGAAAAUGACUGUUGCAAUCACGACGACGCAGCGUUCCAUUGAUUGAAGUUGCUAAAACCUUAGGAAAGAAUACAGGUGCGUGUGCAUAUUCCCAUUAGCUAUUGGUUAGCGCUUUUCUCCACUUUUGUGGUUAGGGUUGUAUGUGUAAGGGUUAUUAUGGCUAGUGGGGAAUCGAGCGACGAAGAUUUGAAUGAUGGAAAAGGCAAAUAUCAUCGUCAUAGCCGGAAAAAGGAUUCUAGGUCCUCGGGUAAUCGUCGUAGUUCUGAGAGAGAAAGCGAUUUCUCGGAUUCUGAAAAAAGGGAGAGGAGUAAACGACAUGAGAGACAAGAUGAGCACAGAAUCGGGAGUAAAGAUGGCAAAAGGAGGCAUGGUGAGCAACGUGAGCACAGGAAAUCUCAUCGAAGUUCUGAUGAAGAGGACUUGCAGGCGGAGAGAGAAGGGCGCAGGCGCGAUAGAGAAAGAACUCAUAGACAGGAAAAUGGAAAAAAGCAUAGACGGCGAGAAACUGAAGAGGAUUAUAGAGUUAAGGAGCGAAGAUCGCGUCGGGAUUUGGAGAGUGAGGAUGAUGCUGUCAAGGAAAGGGAUAACAAAUUAGAGAUACCUAGUAGGGGUACUGAUAGGGGUACUGGUGAUAGGCAGAGGAGGCAUAAGGAUGGAGGUAAUGAUAGCAAUGCAAGACGUAGGGAAGAUAAGGAGAACAGAGGUAGAGAAGAUAGUCGGAAUAAUGGGGAGAAAGACAAGGUGGGAGACGGGAGGUCACGUGAAGACUUGAAGUCUCAAAAUCCAUCGACUUUGCAAGAAGGCAAUGUAAGUAUGAAUACCCAAAAUUUGGGUAGGAGCGGGGGAGUAUACAUUCCCCCAUUUAAGUUGGCCCGGAUGAUGAAAGAGGUUCAAGAUAAAAGUAGCAUCGAGUACCAGCGGCUGACAUGGGAUGCUCUUCGGAAGAGUAUAAAUGGUCUUGUUAACAAAGUUAAUGCUUCUAAUUUAAAGAACAUAAUUCCAGAACUCUUUGCAGAGAAUUUGGUCCGUGGAAGGGGCCUUUUCUGCCGGUCGUGCAUGAAGUCUCAGAUGGCAUCUCCUGGUUUUACAGAUGUAUUUGCUGCAUUGGUUGCUGUUGUCAAUACAAAAUUUCCAGAAGUGGGUGAUCUCCUUCUGAAAAGGAUUAUUUUGCAGCUUAAGAGAGCAUAUAAACGGAAUGAUAAGCCCCAAUUAUUAGCAGCUGUUAAAUUCAUAGCACAUCUUGUGAAUCAACAAGUUGCUCAUGAGCUCAUUGCUCUGCAACUACUUGAAGUUUUGUUGGAAAACCCCACUGAUGAUAGUGUUGAAGUGGCUGUUGGGUUUAUCACAGAAUGUGGAUCGAUACUUCAAGAUCUUUCGCCCAAGGGCUUGCAUGCUGUGUUUGAGCGUUUUCGUGGAAUUCUUCAUGAAGGAGAAAUAGAUAAACGGGUUCAAUUUUUGAUUGAAGGCUUAUUUGCAAUAAGAAAAGCCAAAUUUCAGGGGUAUCCUGCUGUUCGUGCUGAACUGGACCUUGUAGAGCAGGAAGAUCAAUUAACUCAUGAGGUUUCUCUUGACGAGGAGAUAGAUUCAGAGAUCACUCUAGAUAUUUUUGAGCCGGAUCCUCAGUUCGUGGAGAAUGAGAAGCGCUACGAAGAAUUAAAAAAGACCAUACUCGGUGAGGAGUCUGAGGAUGAAGCAGGUUCUGAUGCAGUCUCAGAUGAUGAGGAUGAUGAGGAUGAGGAUGAGGAUGACUCUGAAGAAGAGGAUGAACAGCAGAUGAAGAUAAAGGAUGAGACAGAGACCAAUCUUAUAAAUCUACGGAGGACUAUUUAUCUGACAAUUAUGUCUAGUGUUGAUUUUGAGGAGGCUGGUCAUAAGCUAUUGAAAAUUAAACUGGAACCAGGUCAAGAGAUGGAACUUUGCAUUAUGCUGCUGGAGUGUUGCAGCCAAGAGAGAACUUACCUCCGGUAUUAUGGUCUACUGGGGCAGCGCUUUUGCAUGAUCAACAAGGUUCACCAGGAAAAUUUUGAGAAAUGUUUUGUCCAGCAAUAUUCUAUGAUCCAUCGGCUUGAAACAAAUAAGUUACGGAAUGUGGCCAAGUUUUUUGCCCAUUUACUUGGCACAGAUGCACUGCCUUGGCAUGUUUUGGCUUAUAUACGCUUAACAGAGGAGGACACCACUUCUUCUUCCCGCAUCUUCAUUAAGAUUCUAUUUCAGGAAUUGUCAGAGCACCUUGGCAUUCGAUUGCUGAAUGAGCGACUUACAGAUCCAACAAUGCAGGAAUCUUAUGAAUCGAUUUUCCCGAGGGACAAUCCCAAGAACACCCGUUUUUCCAUCAACUUCUUUACGUCAAUUGGUCUCGGUGGCAUCACAGAGAACCUGCGAGAGUACCUGAAGAACAUGCCACGUCUUAUUAUGCAACAACAGAAACCGGUGGCAGAAUCUGAUGAUGAUGGAUCUGAAAGCUCUGGUUCAUCUGGCUCAGAUGUGUCUAGUUCUGGGUCAGAAUCGAAUUCUGGGUCCGAAUCAGAGUCUUCAAGCUCUGAUGAGAGUGAAAGGGAAGAUAGAAAAAGGAAGCGGCGGAGACGUUGAUGGAAACCUUUCUCUGUUUCCCUAAAAUGUAAUUUCAUCAAUGUAGUGACCAGUUCUGUAAAAUAUUGUUUUCAUUAUAAUAGGUUUGUCAUGUAUCCUUUCAUUCUUGUUUUGGUAAGGUUUGAAAUAUUGCAAUUGUACCGGGGAAAGCUUUGCCACACUUUUAUUCAAGUUCUUGUGUUUAAUUUGUAUUUAAUCUUAGAAAGUGAUGUGGCAAUCUCGCUUGAGAAUAUGAGAUGUUGGAGAGAUAUUUGGUGCCCAAACCCUUAAUGAAAGAUAAUUUUUUCCGCUA